AUGCAGAACAAAGAAAAUUAUGAGCCCAGGGGAUUCCAAAGACCAAUGGCAACUCCUAACAUUGGGGGUCCCCAGCGUGUUACAGUCGCCAAACCCAGAGCAGAAACCUCAUCCAGUUCUGUCGCAAGAAAAGUUACUAUAGAUGACUUUGACAUUGGUCGGCCUCUGGGAAAAGGCAAGUUUGGAAACGUUUACUUGGCUCGAGUCAGAAAGCUCGAGGCCAUCGUGGCGCUGAAAGUGCUUUUCAAAUCUCAAAUGGAGAAGGAGGGAGUGGAGCAUCAGCUGAGGAGAGAGAUUGAGAUUCAGGCCCAUCUCAAACACCCAAACAUCCUCCGCUUCUACAACUACUUCCACGAUCGCAAAAGGGUGUUUUUGGUGCUGGAGUAUGCACCGCGCGGAGAGAUGUACAAAGAGUUGCAAAGAUGUGGGAGGUUCGACGACCUCCGCGCGGCCACUUACAUGGAGGAAAUUUCUGACGCGCUCCUCUACUGUCACGAAAGAAAAGUCAUUCAUCGUGACAUCAAACCAGAGAACCUGCUCCUGGGCUAUCGCGGAGAGCUGAAGAUUGCAGAUUUUGGCUGGUCUGUUCACGCGCCGUCACUCAGGCGUCGUACCAUGUGUGGCACGCUGGACUAUCUUCCUCCUGAAAUGAUCGAAGGCCACACUCACAGUGAGAAGGUGGACUUAUGGUGUAUCGGAGUUCUCUGCUACGAAUGUUUGGUUGGAAACCCGCCCUUCGAGACCGCGAGUCACUCGGAAACGUACAAAAGAAUCACAAAGGUGGAUUUGAAGUUUCCAACAAUUGUCUCAGAUGGCGCUAAAGACUUAAUUUCAAAGCUGCUCCGACACAACCCGAUCGAUCGUCUCCCGCUUCAACGUGUCAUCGAUCACCCUUGGGUCAAAGCCAACUCCCGGCGAGUGUUGCCUCCCAUCUGCCCGACCGAAAGCUCUGGAAGCGACUGA